AUGGACAUCAACGUCUUUGACAAAUGCAUGGUAAAUGAAUUCAGUCCUUGCCAUCAAAAAUCAUUCUAGAUGAUGCAAUGUGGCUCGUGGAGUUAGAAAGUUCAACUCCGUUUGUGUUUCCGGCCUUUCGAUCCAAUAUGUAUGCCCUGAGGUUUCUUAGAUGGUAUAAAUACCUCUUCAUCCCUCCCCUUGAUGUAUCUAUCAUAGACAUACGAUCAAGCCUUUCAAUAUUUCAAUCAGUCAUAAUUUUAAUUACAACCACAAACUUCACACUCAAGCAUCAAAAUGCCACUACCAAUCCCACCAGCACCAGCACCAGAGUCUCCUCUCUUUCGUCAUCGCCAACUUGCCCCGACAGCUAGUGUACGAGUCUCUCCAAUCUGCCUUGGAGCCAUGAAUUUCGGCGAUGCGCAUAAAGCCAAUUUGGGUGAAUGCAACAAGGAGACUACAUUUGAGAUUCUCGAUACUUUCAAAAGUCUAGGUGGUAACUUCAUCGAUACCGCCAACUUAUAUCAAAAUGGGGAAUCGGAGACAUGGCUCGGAGAUUGGAUGAACUCAAGAGACUGUAGAGAUGAAAUGGUCAUUGCGACUAAAUACUCCUCCCCUUCUCAGCUGUAUCAUCCUGAGAAGAUCCAAUCAAACUUUGGAGGCAAUGGAACAAAGUCCCUCAGAAAUUCCAUCGAAAGCUCACUCAAGAGACUCCAAACCGACUACAUAGAUCUCUUCUAUGUUCAUUGGUGGGAUUACACAACCACCAUCCCGGAACUUAUGCAUUCGCUCAAUGACCUUGUUUCAUCUGGCAAAGUGAAUUACCUAGGUGUGUCUGAUACACCUGCUUGGGUUGCAGCGAAAGCAAAUCAAUAUGCUAGAGAUCAUGGUUUGCGUCAAUUCGCCGUAUAUCAAGGCCUGUGGAAUGCGGCUAAACGUGAUUUCGAACGUGAGAUUGUCCCCAUGUGUAAAGAUGAAGGUAUGGGAUUGGUUCCAUGGGGCGCUCUUGGGCAAGGGCGUUUCCAAACCGAAGCUACCUUCAAGGAGCGGGAAAAGAACAACCCAGGUCGUCAAGGCAAGCCUUCCACUUUUGAGAAGCGAGCUUCCAAAGUAUUGGAGAGUAUCGCCAUCUCUAAGAACACCAACAUCACCAGCGUUGCCAUGACAUACAUCAUGCAAAAGGCACCAUAUGUCUUUCCAAUUGUUGGAGGUCGCAAGGUCGAGCAUCUUAAGGAUAACAUCGAAGCUCUCAAGCUUGUUUUGACUGAAGAGGAUAUUGCUAAGAUUGAUGGAUCGAAUCAUUUUGAUCCGGGCUUUCCAAGUACCUUCUUGAGUGGUUCACAGUUUGACGAGGAUCUAGACACUGUACACGUGAUCCCUGAUGGUCCUAAAGAUGUUUGGUUGACGCAAUCUAUGGGGACAUUUGACUGGGUUGAGGGUCCUAAGGCUCUCAAGCCGGUUGAGAAGAAUUAGGAAAAGCUCCAGUAUUUUUCCAUAUCUAAUGUUGAAAAUCAAAAACUUAAUAUCGCACGAAGAGUCACAUCACUUGGAGUUAGUGUGUAUUUAAGGCUCCCUCAUGAAUUUUAGUUCCAAAUGUUUUCAUUAUUU